UUGUGCAGUAUAAAUACGCGUGGAGUCCGCCAUUGCUGCAGUGGUUGGGUUCCCGCCAAAGUGUCUACACUUACGGGUUUUUAAUAAUCAUGGCUGCGAAAGUAUUUCUCCUCUUCGCUGCGAGCGCCGCUUUAUGCGGAGCUCAGCCAGUGGACAACAACCUGCCGGUCCUCAAGGAGUCUCCCCCCGAGGUCACGUUCCGGGCGGAUGCCAAACCACACUUCUUCAGCAUCCCUUGCGCCCUCACCGCGGUUAACGACAAAGUUGUCUUCACAUGGACGAAAAACGGUAAACCGUUCCCCCUCACCGACAAAACCCAAGGCAUCACCAUUCGCGCCAACGAAGGCACCAUCAUCUUCAACAACCCUCAGGACUCCGACGAGGGCGUCUACCAAUGCCAAGCGACCUCUCCCGAAGGUGUUGCCACCUCCCGACCAAUCCAUGUCAAGAAAACCUUCGUAGAAAUCCCUAAGUUCACCCUACAGAAGCAUACUCCUGAAGAAGGGAAACCUUUCAAAAUGGAAUGCUCAGUAACCAAAGCCUACCCUAAACCAGUCAUUGAAUGGUACAGACAAGGCAAGGAUGGCAAAUACGUGGACAUUAUGGAGAAGAGAUUAUUAGAAUCUCCGGAGGGUGAUCUGUAUUUUACAAAUGUGACGAAGGAGGAUGUGUCGAAGGAUGUGAAGUAUGUGUGCUUGGUCGCGACGCAGGCUGCUGAUGAUAAGCUGGUGGCUGCGGAACAUAUCAUUGAGGACCUGACUCCAGCCAAGGGUCCAAAGAGCGGCGAGCUGACUCCGCUGUACCUGAGCAAGGACCUGACCGUGAAGACCGGAGACAUUGCCGUCAUGAUGUACUGCAUUUACGGUGGCACCCCCAUGGCCCACCCGGACUGGUUCAAGAUCUCCCCCGACGGCACCCGAACGAACGUGAACGGCAAACCCGGCGACCGCGUGACGCACCGCAACCGCAGCGCCGGCCGCCGUCUCUGGAUCACCAAGGUGUUGGCCGAAGAUGACGCUACUUAUGAAUGUGUGGCGAACAAUGGUGUUGGCAAGCCACAGAGUCAUAAGAUUAAGCUGACAGUGCAACAAGCCCCUGAGUUCACGCAGCAGCCCGAGCCCGUGAUGCUCGCGAAGGUCGGAGAUGACGUCACCAUCCCCUGCAAAGUGCGCGGCGCCAAGAAGAUCUCCUGGGUGUUCAACGGACAGCCCCUUCAAGUCAAGGAACCCGCAGACACGCUUACCCUCAGCAAGGUCCAGAAGAAAGACAACGGCUACUAUGCCUGCUCGGGCUCCAGCGACCUUGGAGAAGUCUACGCUGAGACCCUCUUACACAUCGCUUAGAUGUUUCACUUUUGAAGCCUGUCAAACCUUUUCGGUCACCAGAAAAAGCAGCAAUUAAAAAAAAGGCGCUAUUGUUUAUGAACUUUAUGGUCCAUAAGAACAUUUGCUGUUUCUGUUUGAGCUGAUGGCCGUGCUGCCAAUGCUCUGAAUAAAUGAAAAAAAAAGAACAUUUGCAUUUCGCGCUUUUUUUCUGGUUACAAAGUUUGAACGGCGGAUUAAUUUUGUUAAGUUGAUACGUUCUGUGUUUAUUUAACGUUCAAGAACCCCUUAUAAUAUGCUAAAUAUUUUGAAUUUUUAUUUUGGAAUUCAGUGUAAUUCAAUUUAAGACAAAAAAAAACUUAUUUGGGGAACUUAGCGAAUCAUCACGCGUAUAAUUAAUGUAUUGGCCUAACGAACAUAUUACUGUGUAAGUAUUUUAUAAGGAAUUCAAUAAAAAAAACUUUACCUAUGUUUA